UUUUGUUGUAUAUCAUCUGUGUGAGUUCAUACAUAAUAUAAAUCACAUUAGUUUGGCGGCUCAGUCUCCCUUUAUUUUCAAUCAUUCAAUCUCCACCGUCCAUUCGCACUACAAGCUAUGGCAUCGUCGGCUGAAAAUCAUUCCCACCGCCACCGCGCUCCGUUCGCCGCCGCCGCCACGGUAGCGGCACCGCCGCCGACCCCCUCCGCUCAGCCCAACCUCUCUGCGCCGCCGUCGACGGCGUCCUCCGACCUUCUCUCCCAUCUCCUCCUCCGCCUCCCUCCCUCCCUCUCCCUCUCCCGCCGCCCCUCCUCCGCCGUCGCCGCGGCGGCGGAGACGGCUACACCUCCAGUAGUUUCUCUCUCCUCCCUCAAUUCCUCUCUCCUCUCCGCCGCCACUCAGUUCGGCUUCUUCCACCUCGCCGAUCACCGCAUCCCCGCCGGCCUCCCUUCAUCCGCCGCAUCCUCCGCCGGCGCUCUCUUCGACCUCCCCGAUCACCGGAAAAAGUCCCUUUUUCCGGCCAACUGGCCGCUCGGCCACGAUACCGGCGACGACGACGGCGCCGCCGAGUCGUUCUGCCUCGACGGCACGGCGGGCGCCGCCGAGUCGGCGGAGGAGUUGAGCAUGGGUCCGCUGCGCGAGUUCGCCGCCGAAAUGGAGAAAAUCGGGCUGACGGUGGCGGAGGCGUUGGCCGCCGCCGCCGGAUUCGAAAGCCCGCCGGAGGGCGAAAAGCUUUGCCCGCUGAUGUGGAUAUCGGGUGGUUCGAGUAGACCGGGUCGGGUCUACCCGUACGUAGUGGGGCUCCAUUACCAAAUGCAGAGACGAAAUCAGCUUUUGCUGUCGGAUUCGGGUUGGGUCACAGUCCCGGGCCGGCCAGAAUCUCUGCUGGUCACUAUUGGAGAUAUCGCUCAGGUUUGGAGCAAUGGAAAAGUGAAGAAAGUGAGAGGAAGGCCUAUUCCUAGUGAAAAUAACAACUCUCAUUGCAUAACAAUGUCGUUGAUUAUUACACUUCCCGUCGAGAGCACUGUCUCCCCUCGUAUUCCUAGUUUAGUAUCACUACAAAACAGAGAAGAAGAAGAUGACAUUUACGAGAAAAAUGGAUCAAAGAGUUUGUUCACUUCCUUUUCUUUCGAAGAUUAUGCAUGGAGGGUUUAUCACGAGUGCUUGCACCUUAAGGAUACCCUGAUGAGAUACCGAAUUUGAACCUCUCUCUCUUUCUCUAUAUAUAUGUAUAUAUAGAAUUUGUGAGAGUAGAUCGGUGUAAUCGAUGUUGGAAGUAAGUUUAUUUAUGUGGAGUUUGUUUUGGACU